GUCAGGCCUUGACAGAAUUGAGCAAGGAUAAACCAGCCAAUAAGCAGGUUGAAGCUCAUGUGAAUCAGUUUCGUCAGACACUCACCAAUGUAGAAACAGAGUUGGCCAAGCAAAUUAACUACCUUACACAGGUAUCUACAGGACAAGCACAUGAAGGAUCCAGUUACAACUCACAGAAGACCUUACAAAUGGCGAUGCACCGCUUGGAUCAUGCAAGAACUCGUGUCAAUGAAUUAGAAGCUAUCAAAAGUAAGCACAUACAACUGUUACAGCAACAUCAACUCCAGAAACAGCAAGGCAUGCCACAGCCUCCUCAGUCAUGAUAAUACUAAUUUAGUUUUAAUUUUUUAUAGUAAUGAAGCAUAAAUUGCUCCUGUAGCUGUUAAUCCAUAUUUAGUACAAUACAGGAUAUAUUUUUAUUAUUGAAUAUUGUAUUUAGAUACCUUUUUUUUUUUUUUUAAUAGUUUUGGAUUAAGAUUAAAGGUGUCCCAGGUAACUCCAUCUUGUCUUCCUUUCAUAAGUUGCGGACUAAGAUUUGUCCUGUUACUUUGUAAUGGAUCUAACAUGUUUGCCAGCUUAUCAGAAUGAGUUUUAUUGAUAAAAUUAUCUUGUAGAAUAGCUUCUUUCUAAAAAAUUAAAAAUAAUUUCAUUGAUUUGUUUUUAUUAUUGAGAAGUGAAUGAUAUAGUUUCCAACUACAUUUUAUCUUUUUAUGAGACAAAAGUUUAUCUUGGUUUACAAGUGUUUCUCUAGAUGGGCAACUGCUUUUAUCAAACCUGCAUAAAGUAAAUAAUCUCUAUGUGUUUGAACUUCAUUGGGAUGUGAUUUGUUUGUACAGUACUCCUUAUCAUUGUAUUUCUACAUGCUAAAUUA